GGUCAAAAUUGACCCGGCGCAUUUUUAAUUCAUCACAGAUUAAAGGCUUUUGUGGUUAUGCGGUGGGGGUUCUGUGACUUCUCAUACAAUGUACUUAUGCGCAGAUACCUCAAGCCCUAGUUCAAUUAAAGCAUCGCAAGUGCCGACAUCAGCGCGUUAGGGUCUGAUUUGACCCGAGGAUACCAGUUACGUGUGUGUUUUGAAUUGAUUUCGCUAUGGAUUUUCUUGUUAUUGACGGUAAGAAAUAUACAGAAGAACAAGUACGUGAGCUAUUUUUGAACGGUGAAGAUGAUGGCGACAUUAGUGACACGCCUACCAUCGACAGUAAUCACGAUUCAGAAGAAGAAUAUACCAUAGACGAUGAUGCUGAUGUUGCCGAAGUUGACGAUCAAGCUGAACAAGUUCCUGUAGACGAUUUGGAUUUUCAUGCUAGUGCAGAAAACAGUUCGGAUUCAGAUAGUUCUUCUGAUUUACCGUUAUCAUCUGUAGGUUAUGUUUAUGGAAAGAAUAGGUACAAAUGGUCAAAACGAGCUCCUACACUUGGUCGCACCAGGCGCCAUAAUAUUAUUACGCAUUUACCUGGACUAAAAGCAGCGGCAAGGAACCUGCAAGAUAAGAACCCUGUCAACUACUGGUCUCUUCUCAUAACCGAUGAAAUGAUUAGCACAAUUGUGGACUGCACGAAUGAGAAAAUUACGGAUUUGUCCAGUACAUAUGGAGAAACAGCCUCGUUUGUGAAUUUCACUGAUUCAGUUGAGAUGAAAGCAUUUUUUGGUUUGCUCUAUUUGACAUCAGCAUUCAAAUCCAACCAUGAAGACGUCGAAGGCUUAUUUGCGUCAGACGGUACAGGUAGGGACAUUUUCCGUGCUACGAUGUCCCUAAAGAGGUUCAUGUUUUUGUUAGUCGCAUUGCGGUUUGACAGUAUUUCUACCAGAAGCUUGAGAAAGACUGAUAAAUUUUGCCACAUACGUGAAAUCUUUGAGACAUUCAUACAGAACUGUCGAAAUUGUUAUACCCCUGGUGAGUCCCUUACAAUAGACGAAAUGCUUGUGGGCUUUAGAGGCCGAUGUAGUUUUCGUGUUUACAUGAAAAAUAAACCGAACAAAUAUGGAUUGAAAGUAUUGUGCCUUUGUGAUGCAAAGACUCACUAUUUACUCAAUGCUUUUGUUUAUACAGGCAAAUCACAAAACGUGCACCCUAAUCCCAGAAAGCUAUCAGUGCCAACCCUAAGUGUCUUAUCACUAAUUGAUCCGGUCAAGAAUACCAAUAGAAAUAUCACCGCAGAUAAUUGGUUCACGUCAAUAGAAUUAGUUGAAGAAUUGCGCAAAAACCAGCUCACUUAUGUCGGCACGGUACGUAAAAAUAAGAAAGAAAUACCUCAAUAUAUAGUUCCAAAUAAAAGAACAGAACCAGGUACUUCUAUGUUUGUGUUUACUAGCACUAUAACUUUAGUGUCGUAUGUUCCUAAGCCAAAUAAAUACGUUCUUUUAUUGUCAUCUAUGCAUCAUGACAACAAAGUAGAUGAAGGAUCAAGCAAACCUGAUAUGAUUCUAUAUUAUAACUCUACAAAAGCAGGGGUUGAUGCACUAGAUCAGAAGUGUGCAAAUUACAAUACUGGUCGAAGAACCAGAAGAUGGCCGUGUGCCAUUUGGUAUGCUGUUAUGAAUAUAGCUUCAGUAAAUUCCUUUAUUCUGUUCCAAUCUGGCACUGAAAGUUCUAUGAGGCGACGGAAUUUUAUUAUUCAAUUAGGCCAAACUCUAAUUGAAACACAUAUGAGAAGACGUUUAUUGGAACCAAGACUUCCUAGAGAACUUCGUUCAGUCAUGGAAAGACUCCUAAAAUGCGAGGACACAGCAACGAGUGAAAGUACGCCGUCCAUUUCUCAGCCCAGAGUUUCUGGAUCUGAUGCAGUUAGUAGGGGGAAAAAACGACGUAGGUGUUACAUCUGUCCAUCACAGAAUGACAAUAAACAUGCUACAAUGUGUAAUAAGUGUAACCAGCACGUGUGUAAAAUUCACAGCGCUGCGACAUUGUUAUGUGAAAAGUGCCAAAUGUGAAUGAUAGGUUAUGCAAACGUCAUUGCACGUUUUUUUAUACGAAAAGGUAUUUGUUUUUUUGGUGUAGCAUGUGAAGGCUAAAUAUGUUGUUUAAUGGCCCUUAUGUUAGUUUUUUUGAUAUGAUCAUGUUUCAGUUGAAAAUUUGGAGAUUAUAUUGCCUUACUCAAUUUCAGAUGCAGUAUUUGUAUUUAUGGUCCUACAAUAAAAUGUUUUCAUACAAAAGACUUUUAUGCGUACAAACCUGUUGUAUACAUGCCAAAAUUGGAUUCAGUAAUGAUAUUUCGAAAUUUGGUGGUCACGGUCUUUUUAAAAACUAUCGGGUCAGAAUCGACCCGACGAUACCAGUUAUAUAUAUAAAAAUGACGA